AAUCGUUCUGUUCUGUCAGCGCAGAAAAGUUUUCUACGAACGCCGCCAUUUUGUUGAAGACGAAGGGUAUCGGAGAAUUCUGUUGUCAUAAUUAUGAGUAAGAUUUUGGCCUAGUCGCGUAUUGAUGACCGCUUUGGGAGAUAGUGUAGUAAAACGUGAUAGUGGAUAUUUUGUGUUCGUGAGUUAUUUUUGUGAAGGAUGGUAGACCCGUAGUUGAAUCGGACAUGCUAUGCACAGACAUACGUGAUGGAGAUCGGAGGGAAUCUUAUUCGGAUUAGUAUUUACACAACCUGAGUAGUGCCGCGGUAUGUAACUUGGAGGAGCCAUCGCAAUGAUUAUUAGCCUUGUGUGCCUUUACUAUGGAAUUGAACAUCGAAGACCACUGGCACUCAUUGUGGCCGCUAGUGUGGUUAAGAUUUAACUGCACAUUAACUUCCGUUUUCUUAGUAUCCUGACAAUCUUCGCCAUUUGUGAAUUUCACUGGAGUUAGUACGUUUGAAGUUAGGCUUAGAGUCAACAUGGCUGACCACUUGGUUGAUGGACCGCCGAAUAAGCGAACUAAACUAAGUGAGAAUGCUAUAACCGAUAAUUCAGAUCUUCCAUUUGGACUCUGGGAUCUAGAAAAUUCCUUACCUGAAGAGCUAAUGGGGUCAGGCGGACUUGAUCCGUCCGAUAUGCCAAGUCAAACAUCGCAGACAUCAACUCAACAAAACCUUUUGAAUGGAACUGGUGAUAGUGUUCCAGUAGAGAGCAAUGCUGUUGGCAGUGCAACUACUCAGAGGCAUCAGCAGCUCUCUCAGUUACUACAAACAAAGCCAAAUGUUUCUCAUAGUACUGUACCAACACCUUCAUCUCAUAGUGGGAUACCCACAACUCAAAGGAUACCAAGCCCUAGUGUGUCUUUAGCUUCGAUGACUGCUGUGAAAAGUCCUCAUGCAAAUAAUUUGACACCUCCUAAUACCACUGUAAAUAAAACUGGUACUGUUGUUUCAUCUUCUACCCACAUAAGUGUUAGUGAUGGUAGUGCAGCUAUCACAAAUAUUUCAAAUAGUAUAGCCAAUAGUUUAAGUAAUACAUCUGGAAAUUUGGGUAUGAACAAUAAUAUGUUGUUGAUGCAGAAUAAAGGAAGUGCUAUCGGUUCUCAAAGUAAUCUGGUGUCUCUCCCCACAUCAGUGGCAGGGAACAGUACUGGGAAUAAUUCCCAGCUUCAUCCACCACUUGCUGUUGUGCAACCUCCUCAGGUAAAUCAACAGACUAACACAUCACUUAUCAAUGGUAGUCAUAUGCCCCUUGGAAAUACUAGCUCAUUAAAUUUAAACCGAGGGGUUAAUCCAUCUGUCUCGUCAGCUGUGACUCAUAGUACUGUGAUUGCACCGCAUUCUCCUCAUCAGAACAUUUUAGGACAUCCAUCAUUAAGUAAUCAAGGUGCUAAUUUAAAGGCUCCUGGUGUAACACCAUUAGGCCAAGCAAAUAAUGCCCCCUUUCAUGUCUACAAUGCUGUAUCAGCAUCACAAAUAGGAUUGCCAUCUUCCAUAUCUUCCAUCUCUAUAAGUGGGCAGCGACAAGCAGUUACAAGUAUUGCACUGAAUGUACCUCCUAGAUAUACCACUCCAGUAGAUUCAAAUUUAGGAAAUUCAGUGCCACAAAUGUCAGUUUCUAACCAUCCUGUUACGCAAAGUCCUGGUCAGCAGAGCUCACCAGGCACAGUUAGUGUAGCUCCAUCUGUUGGAGCACCUGCACCUACUGCUGAUCCUGAAAAGCGAAAACUUAUUCAGCAACAACUUGUUCUGCUUCUUCAUGCUCAUAAGUGUCAGAGGCGUGAAAAUCAGUCAAAUGGAGAAGUGAGACAGUGCUCUUUACCUCAUUGUCGGACUAUGAAACAUGUGCUUAGUCACAUGACAACAUGCCAAGCUGGAAAAUCUUGUGGUGUACCCCAUUGUUCUUCUUCUCGUCAGAUAAUAUCUCAUUGGAAGAAUUGUACCCGUAGCGAUUGUCCUGUAUGCUUGCCAUUAAAACAAGCAUCUGAUCGUAGGCAGCAGCAAGCAGCAGCUGCUGUUCAGACAAGUCAGUCAGGUCAAGUUCCAGCACCAGCUGACAUGCAACGGGCCUAUGCAGCACUUGGACUUCCAUUUAAUGCUGGCAAUGGCAGUGCAAACAUUAAUCCUGUGAUACAACGGAGUCAAACUGUUUCUGUUCCUCAUGUAAAUGAACAAACUCAGUGUUCUCCACAAAGCUUAAACCACAUCCAGACACCACAAUCUGCUCCACCAAAUCAACAACCUCAAGUUCAGCUGAGGCCUCUCAUACAGAAUAGUAAUACCGGAACAAUUGCUAAUGCUGCUGCACAAAGUUUCAUUAUAGGCGAUAAUCUUCAAUCUAAAGUAAAAGCCACGAAUGCUGCAUUAUUGAAUUCUGCACCAAACCAGGUAGCUCCUAUUGUUACAGGGGUAAUUCCAGACAAUCCAACAACUUCAAAGGAUUGGCAUCAAUCGGUAACUCAGGAUUUACGGCACCAUUUAGUCCAAAAAAUAGUACAAGCCAUAUUUCCGACGACUGAUAUAUCAGCAUUGCAAGACAAACGGAUGAUUAAUCUAGUCGCUUAUGCCAGAAAAGUUGAGGGUGAUAUGUAUGAAGCUGCAAAUAGUAGGGAAGAAUAUUACCAGUUGCUUGCUGAAAAAAUUUAUAAAAUUCAAAAAGAGCUGGAAGAAAAACGCCAGAAAAGAAAAGAGAUGCAAAUGCAACAACAAGUAGGGCCUGGGCUAGGACCUAUUCUCAGUAAUAAUUCUUCAGCUGCCACACCAAAACUUCCUCUUACAGGUGCAAUAUCACUAACACAUUUGCCAAGUCUUAAUGUACCUGGUAGUCAACAAAGAAUGCCUCCACCCAAUAUAACUGUUCCUCCAAAUACUGCAGCAAGAGGCCCUGAACUCUUUUCCUCUCCUGGAUCUCAAUUAUCAAACUCUAUAAACGCCAAUAUUAACAUGAAUAUAAAUCAAAGUCAGUUCAGUCCUGCACAGGCUCGACGGAGUCCUCUUCCUCCUGUUAGUUUGCAACAGCAGCAGUUGUCCCAGGCGCAUUUUAACAGCAUAAAUACUUCUGUGACAACAAUUGCAGGUGCUCCUGUAGAUUCAUCAGUUAUGCCUUCGACACCAAGUGGAAUUUCAGUAUCUCAAUUCAAUUCAUCUCUUCAACAAAAUCAUUCUCAGAUGUCAGAUGGCUUUAAAACCAGGCAAAUGGCUAUGUCUCAACAGCACCAGCCUCAAGCUUCUAGGUUAUUAAGUCAAAAUAAUCAAGGUCAAUUAAUAAUGACACCUAAUAUAAAUGCCCAGAUACAUUUGAUAAAUCAGCAACAGCAGCAGCAGCAGCAACAACAGCAGCAGCAGCAGCAGCAGCAACAACAACAGCAGCAGCAACAACAACAACAACAACAACAACAGCAGCAGCAGCAACAACAACAACAACAGCAGCAGCAGCAGCAACAACAACAACAGCAGCAGCCACCACCUCCUCCUCCUCCUCCUCCACCGCCACCGCCACCACAACAGCAAUCAAUACAACAAUCUAAUCAAAAUCAAGUACCUCAAGGGGCUCAGCAACAGAAUCAAGCCCAUGUGAAUCAGUUAAUACCAAAAUCACAACCUGGUCUUUCACCUCAAAUGUCCUCUAUUCCAAAUGGAACCCAAAUACCCCAAUCUUCGACUCCUCAACCACAGUCCCUACAGACACCAGUUCAACAGCCACCCAGAGCUGCUUCAGUGCCUGGAACACAUCCUCAAACACCAUCCACACCACAACCUCCUCCCCCUCCUCCUCCUCCUCCAGUAGUACAAACUCAAAUGCAAAAUCAUAGUCAAGCUCAGUCUUCUAAACCUACAGUACUUAAUGUUGAAGAUAGUAAUGAAGAUUUUAAAUCUGUUAUGUCUGUCUCUCAAGAGGGUGUUUCUUCUGUUAGCCAAAUUGAUACACAGCAAAAUACCCCUGUAUCAUCAACCUCAGAUCAAGGGUCAGUUCAAACUGGAGGUAAAGUUUUUUCAUUUGCUUCUGAAAAGUCUACUGGAGAAAACAGCAAUAGUGAAAAAAUGGAAAUAGAAAGUGACAAAAAUUCGGGUGGAAAGCAGGAACCCAUUGUUGAUGUGAAGCCAAGUGGUAAACCUGUUAACCAAGAUGCUAGUAUGGAUGUUAAAGAGUCAGCUGAAGAUGGUUUUUCUGCUAACUCCUCAAUCAAAGAAGAGCAAACUGUUGUAAAAGAGGAAAUUGCAAGUCCUGCUCCAGUUCCAAGUGUAGGAGAAAACUGUGUAGACACCAAACCAGAUUCAUCUAGUGAAUCAACUCAGCCUUCCAAGCAUAAGCCAAAUAAGAAAAUUUUUAAACCUGAUGAGCUGCGCCAAGCUCUGAUGCCGACAUUAGAAAAGCUGUAUAAGCAAGACCCAGAAUCACUUCCAUUUCGGCGACCUGUUGAUCCUCAACUUUUGCUGAUUCCUACUAAAGGCAAAGAGUCAGCAUCAAAUGUCAAAAGACAAGACACAAUGGAUUAUUUUGAUAUUAUAAAAAGGCCAAUGGAUUUAUCGACAAUUAAACGGAAAUUAGACACUGGACAGUAUCAAGAUCCUUGGCAGUAUGUUGAUGAUGUAUGGUUAAUGUUUGAUAAUGCGUGGUUAUAUAACAGGAAAACAUCUAAAGUGUACAGGCAUUGUUCAAAGCUUGCUGAAGUAUUUGAACAGGAGAUAGACCCUGUAAUGCAGUCAUUAGGUUAUUGUUGUGGUCGAAAAUAUGUCUUCCAACCUCAAGUUUUAUGUUGUUAUGGAAAGCAGUUAUGUACUAUUCCUAGGGAUGCUAAAUAUUGGAGUUACCAAAAUAGGUAUACUUACUGUCUGAAAUGUUUUUCUGAAAUACCGGGAGAUACUGUUACACUUGGCGAUGACCCAUCUCAGCCUCCUACGAUUAUCAAAAAGGAUCAGUUUGUGGAAAUGAAGAACGAUCAUUUGGAACAAGAACCUAUGGUAGAGUGCACAGAUUGUGGUCGAAAAUUACAUCAAAUCUGUGUUCUCCAUUUUGAAGUAAUCUGGCCUGAAGGGUUUACUUGUGAUAAUUGUCUGAAAAGUAAAGGAAAAAAGAAGAAAGAAAACAAAUUCACUUCGAAAAGAUUGCAACAGUCCAAACUUGGAGUUUAUAUUGAGAAUCGUGUUAAUGGCUUUUUGAAGAAAAAGGAUUGUGGUGCUGGUGAAGUUACGAUUCGUGUGGUAUCAAGUUCAGAAAAAUGUGUGGAAGUGAAGCCUGGCAUGAAAGCGAGAUAUGUUGAUACUGGACAGUGGCCAGAAACCUUUCCAUACAGGGCUAAGGCUUUAUUUGCAUUUGAAGAAAUUGAUGGAGUCGAUACCUGUUUCUUUGGUAUGCAUGUUCAAGAAUAUGGUUCAGAAUGUUCGCCACCAAAUACCAGAAGGGUGUAUAUUGCUUACUUGGACAGUGUUCACUUCUUUCGUCCGAAACAGUUUCGAACUGCUGUUUACCAUGAAAUCCUUCUUGGUUAUCUUGAUUAUGCUAAGCAGCUUGGAUAUACAAUGGCACACAUUUGGGCUUGUCCACCUAGUGAGGGUGAUGACUAUAUAUUCCAUUGUCACCCUGCUGAACAGAAGAUUCCUAAACCCAAAAGGCUUCAAGAAUGGUAUAAAAAGAUGCUUGACAAAGGGAUUGUUGACAGAAUUGUUCUAGAUUAUAAGGAUAUUCUCAAACAAGCUACUGAAGAUAAUUUGCAGAGUGCUUCUGAAUUGCCGUAUUUUGAAGGUGAUUUUUGGCCUAAUGUUCUGGAAGAGAGCAUUAAGGAACUUGACCAGGAGGAGGAAGAAAAGAGGAAACAGGAAGCCACUGCAGCCGCUGCCGCUGAAGCAGCUGCAAGAGCUGCUGCUGCUGCUUCUUCAGAUGCAAAUGGAGAAGGAGAAGAUAGUAUGGAUGGUAAAAAGAAGGGCCAGAAGAGUGGAAGAAACAAAAAAUCUAACAAAAGUAAAAAUAACCAACGUAAAAACAAUAAGAAGUCAACUGUUCCUUACACAGGAAAUGAUUUAUCUGCAAAGAUAUAUUCUACGAUGGAAAAACAUAAAGAGGUCUUCUUUGUUAUCCGUUUACAUUCUGUUCAAGCAGCUGCAAGUUUGCCACCAAUUAAUGAUCCAGAUCCUUUUAUUAAUUGUGAUAUGAUGGAUGGUCGUGAUGCAUUCCUGACUCUUGCUAGAGAAAAACAUUAUGAAUUUUCUUCCUUAAGACGAACAAAGUUUUCUAGUAUGGCCAUGUUGUAUGAAUUACAUAAUCAAGGACAAGAUCGAUUUGUAUAUACUUGCAAUAAUUGCAAAAACAAUGUGGAAACUAGAUAUCACUGCACAGUAUGUGAUGAUUUUGAUCUUUGUGUCAACUGUUUUGACAAAGAUGGUCAUAACCAUAAAAUGGAAAAAUUAGGCUUUGGAUUAGAUGACGAUUCUUCUACCUGUGAUCAGAAACAAACAAAUCCUCAAGAAUCCAGGCGAUUAUCCAUUCAACGUUGCAUACAAUCACUUGUACAUGCUUGUCAAUGUAGAGAUGCUAACUGUCGUCUACCUAGUUGCCAGAAAAUGAAAAGAGUCGUUCAGCAUGCUAAAAGCUGUAAACGUAAGACUAAUGGUGGCUGUCCGAUCUGUAAGCAGCUCAUUGCAUUGUGCUGCUAUCAUGCAAAACAUUGUCAGGAAGCCAAGUGUCCAGUUCCCUAUUGUUUGAACAUUAAGCAUAAGUUAAGGCAACAACAAUUGCAACAAAGAUUACAGCAGGCCCAGAUUCUUAAACGACGUAUCGCAACUAUGCAGAAUCGAGGAAUGUCUGGUUCAGUGCCAUCAUCCAGUCCUGGGAACUCUAGUACAACAAAUCAGCCUUCUCCUGGUGCUCAGUCUCACACUUCACCUCAUCCUCCACAACCAGGAGUGGGCAUGAAACCAUCAACUGGACCUCCGGUUGGGGCUUUACAAGCUGUUCAGCAAGUUCAGGCAGCAGCUGCCAGGCAAACAGCACCACAUAUGGUUACACCUGCAGUAAAUUACGGUAAAGGCAAUCCUGUUGUCAGUCCACCUACUCCAAAUCCUAAUUUAAUUGCUACACAACAACAAAUGCAAGCUCAGAUGCAAAAGCCUAUUACACAAAUGUUACCUGGUGUGCCUAAUCGUAUGAUAGGAAUGGGAAAUGUUACAUGUUGGGGAGAUAACUCUAAUUACACUCAAAGUCCACAGCCUCAUCAAAGUCCUCAACCUCAGCCUCCUCAGCCAAUGGGUCUAAGACCACAGUCUCAACUUAUGGGACCUAGUGGAAUGACUAAUUCCAUGGCUAAUACUGUGACAACAAUUGGGCCACCGCAGGUUAUGCCCAACCCACCUGGACCAUCUUUAAACAUGCCUAGGCCUACUACACAAGCAUUGCAACAGUUACUUCAAACAUUAAAAUCACCUACUUCUCCUCAACAACAACAACAAGUGCUCGCCAUUUUAAAGUCUAAUCCUCAACUUAUGGCUGCUUUUAUCAAACAAAGAACUGCUCAACAGCAGCAGCAGCAACAACAACAACAACAGCAGCAGCAACAACAACAACAGCAAAUGUUGUUAAAUGACAACAGUAUGAUUGGACCUCCUCCUCAACCUAAUGUUUGGUAUAAACAGCAACAACAUUUACUUGCUAUGCAAAGGCAACAACAGCAGCAACAACCUAAUCAGUUUCCUCAUCCUCAGCCGCCUAUGUAUGCUCAACGUCCAAGGAUGCCCAUGCCAAUGAAUUUUGGUCACCAGCAGGGUUUUCAGACUGACAAUACUCAAUUCCAGUUCCAACAGCAGCCCCAACAGAUUCUUAUGCAGCCUCAAAUAAAACAAAUGGCUUCACCCACUCAUCCUCCCAUAAGUCCUCAACAAGGUAUUCUUAAUCACCCACAAGGACCAGUUCCAUCUCCUCAGCAACAACUAAUGCAACAAGUGAGAUCUCCACCACCAACUGCAGCACAAUUAGCACAAACUGUUCGAUCACCCCAACCUAUAGCAUCACCAAGGACUCAAGCGAAUACUCCUCAAAAUCAACCAAUUCCUUCUCCUAGGCAACAGCCCACGCCUUCACCUCAUUAUCCUGCACAAACCCAGUCUCCUCACCCAAGUCUUUCUGUUGGGGCCUCAGGACUAACUGGUCCUGAUCAAUUGACUACUAGCAACGACAUGAUGCUUACACAUCUUGCAAAUUCAGUGUCUUCACAUUCUAGUAUAGCCAGUCAGUUACAAAGUCCCUUAAAUCAAGAACUGGGGCUCUCAUCUAGAGACAAUAUAGACUUGACUCAUUUGACUAGAGAAGAGCAACUUGAUAAAUGUGUUGAAAAUUUAUAACGAAAUUCUGUUAAUCUCUCUCUUUACAUCAUUUAUCUUUUCAUUCGGCUAUAUAAAAACAAAGAAACACCAGGUUUUUUGGUCACUUUUAUAUCCAGCUCUUAAGUUAUUGCUUGUGAACUUGAUAAAUUUUCUGAUUCUAAAGCAAAUAUAAUUUUUGUAUUUAAAGAAUUUGUAUAACUUAUAACAGAUGAAAUGUUUUGUACAGUUAAAUAUGUUUUACUUUGCUUAGAUAUAAGCCGGCCUACCAUAUUUUAGUUGAAUAAUUGCGAACCAGCAGUGGGUAACUGGCUUAAUUUUACCAAAUUUUUUUUAUUAUUAUUGAUUGUUUAUUGUGAUCUCGCAAGGUCUUUUAUAUAAAGUAUUUAAAUGCUUUUUAUUAUGUUUGUUUGUACAGUCAAUUGUGAACAAGUAAAUUAUAUAACACGCACAUCAUAUCAUUUAUUAAUAAAAAACAUACCUCCUAUGUUCAUAAAGCUAUAACAGCAAUGUUUUAUUGCUAAAUGGUAGUUGGAUACUUUACUUUUGUGAUAUCUGAAGAUGGAAGGGACUGACUGCCUGCUAUAUUUGUGAUUUAAAUAUUUUUCUUAGAAUUGUCAUUUAUCAUCUCAUCAUUAUUGUAACAUUCCAAAAAGUUAACUGUAUAAUUUGAAAUAUCAAUCUUUUUUUGUUUCAGAAAUAUGAAUAAAUUUUUAAAUGUUCAGAAGUGUGUAUUGUGUAUAUGUACACAUGUAUAUCAAUUCUGUAUUCAAAGCUCUAUAAACAGACUUUUGAUUGCAAAUAGAACUAUAAAACUGAAAUUUUAUAAUACAUUAAAGGCCUUAUAUUAAGUUGUAAUUUCACUUGCAUUGUUUAAUCGCUGUUGAAACUGAUGAGAUUAAUUUAAUUUGAUCAUUCAAGAUGUUUCAGAAAUAUUUAUCUAACUAGUAACAACUCAGACUUGCGCGUACUGGACAUUUUAAAUGCACUGUCAAACACGACAUGCAUAUUCAGUGUACAAAUGUGUCCAAUCUAUAAAUUUCAUCUAUUACAUUGUGCAUUCUGUUCUUGUCCAUACCUACUUCAUUUCUCUAGCCAAUUAUUUUGACUUUUAUCAUUGCUUAGAGCUGUAACAAGAAUGUGUUCUCUUAAUUAGAUAGUUUGUCAUUUCUACUCUAUUUUUUAAAAAAUAUUCAGAGUUUUGAGACACUUUGUGUAUACAUGUAUAUGUAUGCUCUUUGCACAUACUUAAAACUAUGCAUUGUAGAUUAAUUCACUUAACUCAUAAUCAUUUUAAUUAGAAUUUUCAUCCUACUAUUUCAUUAAAAUAUGUAUGCAUGUUAAGACUUGUUAAAUUUUUUAAUUGACAAAGUCAUAAAUUCUCAGAGCAAUAAGUCAUUAAGAAAUAUUUCAUAACUUAAAUGUAAAUAAUUCUAGACAGUCAGCAAUAAUAUAACUUAUUAUUCGUUAAUAAAAAAAAGUAUUUGAUGUGUUAUGCGUUAAAGUUGAAUUUUUAAUGUGAAACAUGAAAACUUUUAAUAUUUUGUUGGGAAGGCAAAUAGUUUUUUUUUUUUUUUUUUAAAUUUUUAAAGAAAUUUUAGUAUUUCAUAGCAUUAUAGAAUUGGCAAUUGAACAUUUUUUGAUAGUGGACUAAUUAUUAACUAAUUAAAUAUUGUUUAGAAGUGAGAAUAAAUUAUUGCAAUUAACUUUUUGAUUUCUGUUACAAUAAAACCUGCUAUCUUGAAUGUAACUUUUGAAUCCACGAUUUAUAUGCUUUGUUUUGUAAACAAAAAUGUACAAAAUUUGUCAGAGUAUCUUUUAUUUUGGGAGUUGGGUCUUCUACAGGAAGCUUAUAGUUUUAUAUUUUUAAAAUUUAUUGCAGGUUCAUUGUUUGUUGAAACAUAAGAAAUUAUUUAUUUUUUCAGUUUUAAAACUGAUUUUUGUGCAUUAUUUCAUUAUUCAUUGCAAUCAGAAUUUAAAGCAAACAUUGAUCAAUGAAGUUAUUUGUGUUAUAGUAUAGAAAUUAUAUUUAGAACAUUAAAAGAAAUUAAUUUUAUUUAUUGUAUUUAUUUUAUACUUAAAAAUUAUUGUUGAUGUUGAGUGUGAUUAAUCUGGAUAUAUUUGGUUUCAGAGGAAUCCUAAGACAUAAUUUAUGGUUGCUUUUCCAAAUGUAUAUUUUUUAUUUAAAUUGCUCACUGCUCAAUGUUUAUGUGCAUCUGAAAACACUUAUUUAUAUACAUGUACUUGUAAAUAAAGGAAUGGUUGUGUGUACUUUGUUGAUAUUGUAAUUCAGAGAAAUGGAAUAGAUUAGAAAGAAUUAAUUUAAGGUUAGAUGUACAAAAUUGUAAGUCACGGUGAGAGAGAGACAAAAUAUUAUUGAACCUCCCAAAGAUAUGUACAAAUUUAAUUAUACCCACCUUUGUUAAAAUUCAUUGACAUGCUUUUGACCAGUAUACACAAUAUUACCUUGGUUUUGAAAGUGUGUAUAUUGGCCAAACAUUUCACUGACAGAUUAUCUUUGGUUGGGAUGAAAUGUUGCCAUUUGUUAUAAUGUCUCAUAAUCACAUCUAAUUGUACAUAGCUAUCUGUUAUGUCCAUGAUAUAAUGUUUUUUGUAAAUUUUGUAAAUAUUUGAGUCAUUUUGAAAGAAAUCAAGGAAUGUUAAAUCUUUUUACCAUUAAGCUGUAUUUUGUUUCUCUGUAAAGACCAUUUGUGUAAUCAUUGUACAUAGAGCAUGUUCAAUUUUACAAAGAAAGAAAGUCUUGUAAAUAUAUAAAUAUAUAUUAUAUUAUAUUAGGGAACAGAUAAUUAUCAUGUUCAAGUGGUCUUUUACAUAUGAAAGUGAUAACUGUAUUAAGUAGCUGUCAUAUAUAUACAUAAAUAUAUAUAUUAUAUUUCCCCCCAUCUGAAAUUAUCACUGCCAGGAUGAAAUUUUUGUACAUAACGGACAACAUUAAUUAUUCAUCAUAUAUCCUGCUGCAAGUGAUACUUGAGCUACUCAUACAGUUAAUGACAUGUAAUAAACUAUAUUAUGCUCUUA